AUGUCCAUUCCAGCCACCAAAUCAGGCUACGGUUUUAUUCGUGGCCAAAAAACCAUUCAGAAGCUCACCAACCUCCCUGUUAAGUUACCCCAGGGCUCUGAAAUCCUUCUCCGCGUGCACGCUGCCGGGAUGUGCCAGUCGGACCUCCAUCUUCUCCACGCCCAGGAAACCCACAUUCCUGAUUCCUUCGUCAUGGGUCACGAAAUUGCCGGUGAAAUCGCUGCCGUGGGGCCAAAUGUCAACACCAAGAAGUUCCCUCUUGGGUUGCGCGUUGCGGCGCAAAUCUGCAAUGCCUGUGGGGACUGUGAGUUCUGUCGUCAGGGCCUGGAUAGUUGUUGUACAGGUAACGAUGGCCAGGCGUUUGGUCUCAGCUGUGACGGUGGCUACCUGCCAUUUCUCCUCAUCACCAACCCGAGAUGUUUGCUCCCAAUCCCAGACAAUGUGUCUUACGAAAUCGCCGCUAUUACUUCCGAUGCCAUGUUGACUCCCUUCCACGCAGUUAAAAAGGCAGGUGUCUGUCCAGGGAACAAGGUUUUGAUGUUCGGGCUCGGAGGGUUGGGUUCCAGUGCCUUGCAGAUUUUGAAGAACUAUGGGUGCCAGGUUGUGGUGGUUGAGCAGAAGGAGUCCGCUCGCGCGCUCGCUAAUAAGCUUGGGGCAGACGGCUUUUUCACUAGUGCACUGUCUCCAGAAUUCAAUGCGGCGUACAAGCCAAAUUCGUUUGACGUUUGUUUCGAUGUCUGCGGUGUCCAGGAGACAUUCGAAGCGUGUGUAACUUACGUAAAGUACAAGGGAACCAUUGUGCCAAUUGGGUUGGGGCGUUCAAAGUUGUUUUUCCGUGCCUUGACUUUUGCGAGUAAGGAGGCGAGAAUUCUCGGCACUUUCGGUGGAUCCUCAGCCGAACAGCUCGAGUGCAUGGAGUGGGUGAGCAAGGGAAUGGUUACCCCUAUCGUUGGGGCUGUCUAUGACCUUGACGAGUUACCAAAUCAGUUAGAGAAGAUGGCCAAGGGAGAGAUUAGCGGAAGGGUUGUGUUCAGACCACAGAGUGUACUCAGAGAUGCGAAACUUUGA